AUGAGUGUUUUGGAAGUUUUUCAGUGGAUAAAAACUAACUUUAACGAAACAGUCGCCGCCAAAUUCAAAGGUAAGCUAAAGUCAAACUCCACUGAGCGAAGUACACAAGUGGCGCGAAAAAAGUCAAGCAAAUUUUCCGUACUUUUCUUAUUUAUUUAUUUAUUUAUUUAUUAUUUUCCCACAAUAAAGAUUACACAAGCAUUACAUUAUACAAAGAUGUGGCGAGGGGACCUCAGAAAACCACAAGGCUUGUACGAGGAGGCCCCCUCGUUACAAUAAUAUUAAGCAAUAGAACUAUAACAACACACAACAACGGACAGUACAAGACGCAUUAUCGAUAUAGUAGAAAAUCAAAAACUUUCGUUUUAAACGAUUGCAAUGUAAAAAUCGAAGUGACUGAGUUUGGUAAAGAAUUCCAAAUUUUAGGGCCGAAAUAUUAGUUGGAUUUAAGAUAAGCGACUCAUUAACAGAAGCGCCAAGAAAACUACGAAAAGAUACUUGUGUGUCUGGAAUUUUCCUUGCUAAAUUCGGACCUAUGUUGGUGAAGAACUUACAAAAGCAGUUAGCUAUUUCUUGUGGAUCAUUUAACAGUUUUCCAUCAGAGAAAAAGGAAUUUGGCAGAGCUGCUUUUCUGCUCGGUUUGUUGAUUACAUCAUUGAUUAGUUUCCAAGUUUCUUUCAGGUUAUUUUUAGCCUUCUCAAAUUUUGCAUCAUAGUACUUUCGUUUAGCAAUUUUUAUAAGAUGAUUCAGUUUGUUCCGAUAGCGUUUGUAUUCUAACUCAGUAGUUGAGUCCCUAGAAUUAAUGAACUGCUUAUAGAGUUUAUCUUUUUUCCUGAUAGAAACAAGCAGAGAUUGCGUUAUCCAAGGGGAGCGCAUUACUUUCUUUGUUUUAAGUUUUAUCGUUUUUAAUGGAAAGCUUUCAUUGUAUAAUCGAACAUACUCACUCACAAAACUAUUAUAACAUUCAUUAGUAUCGCUUUCAUCGAAACGUAAAUUCCAAUUAACACGAGAAAGAGAGAGCCGAAAAUUGCUCUUAUUGCUCUUCUUCUAACGGAGCAAAACAUCAAUGGAAAAGGACUCCCUUUCCUAGCAAAUAGAGGCACCAAAGACCAAAUGGAAGCCUGUGGAUUGGAGCUUAUAGGCGACCAAAUGAAAUUGUUGGAGGUUCUCGACGCAAUGGAGUCGGACAUAAGCUUUAAAAACCAUCAACCAAAAAAAUUGACAAAACCAUCAACCAAAAACAUCGACAAAGAACUACGCAAGCGAAUGUACAAUGCUAAGUAAGUUGGAUUUUUCUUUUACUUUGUAAGUUUACAAUUAAGUCAUCGUCUGAGGUGAGGCUAAAAAAGGAACAUCCCAAUGUAAAUCCUGAGUGGAAUUUAUGGGGAAAGGAUUGGGUAUUUGACGAAAUCUACAUCGUGUUGUUUAUUUUUUAUUAGUUGAUGUGAUGUUUGAAGUGACCUUAGAUAUUAACAACACUCGGUGCCUUUCUCUCCGACUGUGAGAGUGAAAAUUUAUUUUUGUAAACUUCAAGUAGAAAUCUUCAUCUGUUAGUCAAAACAAAAUGUGAACUUAAUCUAGCUUUCAACUAGAUAACUAUUUCUACCUGUAUUUUUACAGCUGAUGAUAAAUGCUAAGGAAACAGUUUACGUUGUAUCUGCCAGAGAAGGAAGAGGAAAUUGACCAAAGAUGAUCUUUUUUUUUCUAAACAGAAAGAAAGCUGUGAGAGCUGCUGUAAUAAAAAAGUGGCCAGGAAAUGACCUACCAAAUUUCAAGAAAAAUCCAUCUCAGCUUAAAGUCUUACACGAGUUGGUUGAAGAAUUAGAGGAAGAUUGCACAUAUAUGACAGUGGGCUUUAACAAAGAAGCCAUCCGUAAGCACAUCUUGGACAUUUUAAAUGAACGGCGCAGACAUGUUAGAAAUGGACAUGAUUAUACAAAGGUAUGACCAUGUUUUUUUUUUGGAUCCUGUGUUUGUAGUUAUGCACCCAUAGGUAAAUUACAUGGUUUCCUUGACAGGUGGAUAAGGCUAAGAAGAAGCAAUCAGCUCAGGUGGCUUCAUGUAAACCAGAUGAUACACAAACUGAAAAUGAUGAGUGUACCCAGCCUGAAAACAGUGAUGGUGGUGAUACUGAAGAUGUGCGUUCAUCUGAUGAUAGCCAGUCAUGUAGCAGUGCUUCUUCCCCUUCAGCCUCAAUACUGCCCUCAUCUGAGGAUGAUGAGAGCAAUAAAGGUAUUUUUGGACUGUAUUUACUAUUUGCCAGACUUUAAACAGAGUCCUCAUUUCUCGGAAAAUAAAGGAAUGGACACCCAAAACAGCACAAAAAUAUUUCAGUGAAUGAUACUCAACUUCAUCGUCUCAAUGCCUUCUUUUUCAUGCAUGUUGCUACAAAAUCAUGCACCACACAUUUUAAAAAUCAAGGGCAUAACCUCUUGUAUCAUUUUUUGCUACUGUCCAAAAAACAAAAAAUUGCAACCUUUUUUUUACUCUUUGUUGACUUGCAGUUUCUAAAAAAAAUAUACUCAAAUAGAGCCCUUAUUCACUCACAACUGUUUUUGUUAUUGUAAAAAAAAUUGACUCCAUUUUUCUAUUGUUUGUACUGUUAUUGAUCAUAGAAAUGAUGGCAUAAAAUAUUGAAAACUUUAAAAACCACCGAGUUUUGAACAUUUUAUGACGUCAUUUCUAUGAUCAAUAAGAGAACAGACAAUCCCUGUGGUGAUAUCAAUGUUGGAAGCAGUUCCCAAGAUAUGGUCCCUCUUACUUGGUAGGGUUAAAUUAAUAUUAUAGCUUACUAUAGGGAGUUGGGUUAACUAUAAUUAUAAUAGUGCCAAUGAUAUUAUUGUUAACUUUCUUUAUCUUUUUCUUUUCUCACAAGGCAUUCCUAUGGCUUCAGCUAAACUUAUAGUGCGAUGUGCCUUCAAUGAAGUUCGAGUGGUAGACAUAUCACGUUCACAGUUGCAAUCAGCUGCUAAAACAUUAAAGGUUCCCAUUAAAGAAUCUGAAUCAAGGUCAAAGGAGGUGUUGAUUUCCAAUGUUGCACAAGCUCUUGUCAGUAAAGGAUUUGUUAAAAUACCACCCAAAGAGAAAAUUUCAAGAGAUGAUGUUCAGAUCUUGAAGCCUUUUUAA